AUGGACUGGGACAGCCUGCAGGCCCUCUGCUCCUCGCUCUGCUCCUCUCUCUCCGCCCGGGCCGUGCUCGAGGCCGUCGGGGUCGGCGACGGCUCCGCCUCCGUCACCGGGGCCGCGCUCACCUGGCUCCUGCGAGACGGGGUCGGGAUCGUGACCAGGAUCGGCUUCGUGUGGCUGCAGGGGAGCCACCUGGACUGUGAGGCCAAGCAAUGGCGGUUUGUGGCCGAUCUCCUCAAUGACGUCGCCCUGGUGCUGGAAAUCCUCGCUCCCUAUUGGCUGAGCUUUGGCCCCGCCCUCCUGGUCAUGGCGGCCGCGGCCAGGUGCGUGGUGGGCGUGGCCGGCGGCGCCACCAGGGCGGCCCUGGCCGUGCACCAGGCCCGGCGGGACAACGUGGCCGACGUGGCCGCCAAGGACAGCAGCCAGGAGACGCUGGUGAACGGGGCGGGGCUGUUGCUGUCGCUGUUGCUCCUCCCACUUUUGGACGGGCGGCCAUGCCUCACCUGGGCCACCCUCGUCCUCCUCCUGAUUGGUCACCUGACCUUCAACCUGGCCGCCAUUGGCUCCCUCACCCUGACCUCCCUGAACAGGCCCCGCCUCCGCCUCGCCAUUGGCUGGGCUCUCCGAGGGGGCGGGGCUGCAGGGGAAAGGGGCGUGGCUUGUCCGGGAGUGGGCGGGGCCAAGCUGGAGGUGCCCAGGCCUGAGCAGGUGAACCCGAGGGAGCCCCUGCUGCCAGGGUUGGGGUCCCGCCUGCGGCUGCACCUGGGGGCGCCCCUGGAGCUGCUGGCGAGCAGCGAGGCCGAGCUGCGGAAAGCUCUGGAAUGCGGCAGCCCCGAUUACAUCGUCGUCAUCCGCCCCUCCCAAAGCUGGGUGGGGGUGGGGCUGCGCCGGGGAGCCCCCCCCGAGGCCUCGAUCCUGGGCUGUGCCCACGCCCUGAUCCUGGAGCAGCUCCUGGGACCCCCAAUGGACGCCGGGACCCCCCUGGGCCGGAAAUUGGAGCCCCUGCAGAGAAAGAUCCGGAACUGCCCGCCGGGCGCGGUUCCCUGGGGGGUCCUGGCCGAGACCUCGCGGCUCUUCCGGGACCUCGGCCCCGCCCUCCUGCGAGGAUUGGAGGCCGCGGGUUGGGACGUGCGACGCCCCCUCCUGGCCGUGGACGAAUGGCGGCUCGAGUGGGCGGAGCCAGGGGCAGACCACGCCCCCUCAUAGAAACCACGCCCCCUCUCGGGGAAACCACGCCCACUUCAGGCAUAAAAUGGCGGAAAAUAAAAAUUUGGUGGAAUUUUGGUGGAA